AUGGGCGCAGAACCGUACCGUUGCAGCUUCUCGUGGCCGGUUGUGGAGGGUAGUCAUGAAAAGCAAAUAACAAUACAAGUGGGCGAAUCUUCUGCACCUGAUUUCGUGCCGCUGGAUGAUCUUCUAGACUUGGACAUGUGCUUGGUUUUAGGUGCCUCCAGCGAAACUGAGGCUUGCGAAAUGCGCCUAAGCAUCGCACCGUUAUAUCUGCCGCGAGCUAUUUCGCUCGUUGUUGAAUGUCCUGUUAUAGAAUGUUACUAUGGUCGCUUGAACGAGUACCAUAACACCUAUCACGGAGAGCUGGUAUACACCCUGGAAGAUGUGAAGGUAUUCCGGUUCGACAUACGCAUUUCUAGCGACAUCGACGAGCUGCAGCUUAAAUUCAUCUCCCACAAAGACGAUCCUCUCUGCUUGUACGGAACACGCUUGUACUUGGCGCGUAAUCCGGAUCCUCUACGAACGAUGAUGAUGGGUGGUAAGCGAAUCAACCCAACAGUUGUGCAGCAACGUCUCCAAGACGCGGAUUUGUCCGAAAAGGCAGAGAAGUGUAAGCGGAUAAUACUUGGCUCUAUGCAAUCAUCGAGGCAGAACGUUGUCAACAACAACGCUCAACCGGAAUCACCUGCCGGGACCACAGCCGUUGCUGGCAAUGUAAAAACAGCACCAGAUGGUGGCUUAUCGAGCCUGUUAAGCAAAAUGGAAAUUUUACCGGGACAAACGGCCGGCUCACCGUUGGCAGACUUUGCCAUAAAGCAGUACAUAGACACAAAAUUUCUCGAACUGGGACGCAUGCUUGAAAACAAAUUGACUUCGAUAGAGGCCCAGCAAACGGCAAAGCUGGAUAGGAUAUUAGCAUUGCUACAAAAGAAUAACGAAGAAUCUGGCUCGGUUGAAUAAAAUAGAUUAUUUUUUUUGUUUCUGUCCUGCAUAGGAC